AAAAAUAGCUUUUGAGCAGAGUUUGCAGUCGGGUCUAAUUUCGGGGUUUAGCUGAGUUGGCCAUAAAGAUCUUCCUUUGCUGCUGUCGCAAGAGAGUGAGAGUGAAUUUUGCUGUUUGUAUCUUGGACACUGGUUUUAUAUUAAAGUGUACUUUAUUCAUGGAUAAAAGGAUCUGAUACCAUGGCUGAAUAUUCAGAAGCAAAACAUGGUGGAAACAAGAGUGCCAAGAAAGAAGGAGUUUCUGGGACCUCUUUUUUUACAUGGUUCAUGGUAAUUGCACUUCUGGGAGUAUGGACAUCAGUUGCAGUUGUUUGGUUUGAACUUGUUGAUUACGAAGAAGUACUAGCCAAGGCAAAGGACUUCCGUUAUAACUUGUCAGAAGUACUUCAAGGAAAACUUGGGAUCUAUGAUGCUGAUGGUGAUGGAGAUUUUGAUAUGGAAGAUGCCAAGGUUUUGCUAGGACUUAAGGAAAGAUCUGUCUCAGAACAGCCAAUUCCAAGAAGUGCGGAAGAGGUUAUCCCACCUAAAGAAAAGCCACAUGUGAAAACAGAACAUAUACAUGUUAAAACAGAACCUGAAGAUGAAAUUGAGGCCUUACUACAUGAACUUCUUGACUCACAACCUGAAAACGGUGAAAUAGAUGAAGAAAAAAGUGAAAUACAAAAAGAUGAAAUAGAUGAAGACCAUGAAGAAACAGAUUUUCAGGAGGAGGAAGAAAAAGAAGGCAAUAAUGAAGUAUCUGAAGAACCCACAACGGAACAGAGUUAUGAUAAAGAAAUAGAAAAUAAAAUACCUGAAAUAUCAGAGAAAUCAAGUUCUACCCAAGAAGAACCUGCAAGUCACUACCAACCCAAGGAUCAAGAAGAAUAUGACACUGAUGUUUUAAACGACUAUUCUCACGUGGAAGAAGACACAAAUGAGCCAGAAAUCCAAGAAUCUGGUCCAGAAAAUACAGAACAAUCUGACCAUGUAGAAGAAGAAGAAUUAGAGAGAGAAGACUUCACUGAGAAUACUGGUGAUGCGGAUGUUUCAGAUGCUGUUACUGAACCUGUUCAAUCAGUACAUGAGGAGGAACAUACAGAAGAACAUGUGGCUGCUCAACAACAUGAUACAGAAGUUCCUGUUCGCACAGAAGAUUAUACAGAGGAUGAUGUAAUUGGACAUGGUGAAAAAGAAACUCUGCAAAAAGAAAAAGUAAAGAAGAAAAAACCAAAAUUGCUCAAUAAAUUUGAUAAAAGUAUUAAAGUUGAACUCGAUGCUGCAGAAAAGCAACGCAAAAAGGGGAAAACAGAAGAAGCUUUAAAGGCAUUUGAAGCUUUGGUAAGCAAGUAUCCCCAAAGUCCUCGAGCAAGAUAUGGAAAAGCCCAGAGUGAGGAUGACUUGGCUGAGAAAAUGAGAAGCAAUGAAAUACUACAGCGAUCUAUCACCACCUAUGGUGAAGUGGCCAAUCUGCCAAAUGUCCCUGAUGAGCUAGUAAAGAUGACACUGAAACGGCGGGCAGAAAGGCAGCAGUUUCUUGGUCGCAUGAGAGGUUCAUUAGUUACACUACAGAAACUGGUUGACCUGUUUCCUAAUGAUACUUCAUUAAAGAACAACCUUGGAGUGGGUUAUCUUUUAAUUGGAGACAACAACAAUGCCAAGAAGGUUUACCAGGAGGUUCUAAGCCUGUCUCCUAAUGAUGGGUUUGCAAAAGUGCAUUAUGGAUUCAUUCUGAAGGCAGAGAACAAGAUUGAAGAAAGCAUUCCCUAUCUGAAAGAAGGUCUAGAAACAGGUGAUCCUGGCACUGAUGAUGGCCGCUUUUAUUUUCAUUUGGGUGAUGCCAUGCAGCGAGUUGGAAACAAGGAGGCAUACAAGUGGUAUGAACUUGGGUACCAACGGGGUCACUUUGCAUCUGUCUGGCAGCGUUCUCUGUAUAAUGUCAAGGGCUUAAAAGCUCAGCCAUGGUGGACAGCAAAGGAAACUGGUUAUACAGAACUGAUCAAGUCCUUAGAAAAAAACUGGAAGGUGAUCCGGGAUGAAGGACUUGCUGUAAUGGAUAGAAGCAAGGGCCUCUUUCUUCCAGAAGAUGAAAAUUUACGAGAAAAGGGUGACUGGAGCCAGUUUACUCUGUGGCAGCAAGGAAGAAAAAAUGAGAAUGCCUGCAACAGUGUUCCAAAAUCAUGUGCCUUAUUAGAACGUUUCUCAGAAGCCACUGGAUGCCGAAGAGGGCAGAUCAAGUAUUCUGUCAUGCACCCAGGGACUCACGUCUGGCCUCACACAGGGCCGACUAACUGUAGGUUGAGAAUGCAUUUGGGCUUGGUCAUUCCUAAAGAAGGCUGCAGGAUACGGUGUGCUCAAGAAACCAGAUCCUGGGAAGAAGGGAAGAUUCUCAUUUUUGAUGAUUCUUUUGAACAUGAAGUGUGGCAGGAUGCUAAUGCUUACCGGCUGAUAUUCAUUGUGGAUGUCUGGCACCCAGAGUUAACGUCACAACAGCGACGCACCCUACCAGCUAUUUAAGCAGUCUUGAAGUUUUUCCCUUUUGAGCUUCACACUGUGUGCUGAGAAGUACAACAAAAAUUAAAUGCAACUGUAUCAAGAAUGUGUAAGGACUUUAAAGCAUCCUGUUUUGUGUACCGCCCCAUUACAGCACUGAUCUGAAUGCUCUGUGUUCAUGCUGCAAGUUGGAAUUCUAUGCUUUUAUCAGCCAAAGAACAUCCUGUGCUACAUUUUGAAAGAAGACUAGUGCCAGACUUUUUUGAUAUAUAUUUUUGGAACUCCUUGACGUAAAAGCCACCUUCAAAAGCCUGAAUGUAAUCAUAAGGAAUGCAGAUUUCCAGACUGUGCAAUUUCUGAUCAUUAUGAGAUUAUUCAGAAGCAGUAUUUGGUGGAUUGUGUCCUCAAGCACUACAUCCACCUCCUCUCCCAUGAUAAAAGCAACCAUAAGCUCUUAUAGGACAAUAUGAAAAUGUAUUAUUGUUACCUUUUAUAAUUCUAUGUUGGUUUCGUCCAGUGGAUUUAUAGGGUGACCUAUAGAUAAGAGGAGCAGGUGGUUUUGUGUCUUAUUUUUGAUAGAUAAGGACAUUUUUUCAUCAGAUACAGUAUGUAUGGAUACUUUUUUCUGUUCUAUUUGAACCACUUUCUUUUUCAACUUUUCUUUUAGUUCCCUUUUUAUAUUAAUUUAGAAACAAUGAAGCCUUAUACAAGCAGCGAUCUAUUUUACUGAGGAUGGCUUUUUCCUUCCAAGUCAAAGGAUGAGUAAACAUUUCCUUUGUCCAAUUCUAGUUAAGAGCAAAUUUUACCCAAUUUUGUGUUUAUUUUUAAUUUUUUUUAAUAACAUAAAAACAUAUUUUAAGCUUAGAUGAAGUACAUAGAGGCUGUGGGCUGCAUUUUUUUCACCAACUUUGUAAUGCAGUUUUUUUUAAAGAAACUCAUAAUUUAAAGCCUGAUUAAGAAAUAAUUGAUAACUGGAGCUGUUUUGUAACAUUUUUGUUUUCAAUUACAGCCAAUUUCAUAUCCUACAUGAAACUAAGAAAGAGAAAGUAACAUAUAAAUAUAUUCUGUGGUGUUUAGUGGUUUUCCCAUUAAUGAAUGAAUGAAUGAAUGAAUGAUCAUGAAACUUUUUUAAUGAUUCAUUGUCAUUCAACCUAUCAGUGCCAACCUUUGAACCUGUUCUCUUUUUGAAGCCACUAUAUAAUUUUACAUUCAUCUCUGAUGAUGCAAUAAGCAAGACUGACAUUUAAACAGCUUUGCAUAAAUGUUUCAAAUUACAUACACUAAGACUAGUUAUAAGCAAUUAAUUGCUCAUUGUCAAAAGGUACAAGAUUGGUGUAAUUUUAUGCAGAGAAAUGUACCAAGAUACACAUUUCAAAUGUAGGUCUGCAAAAUCCAACAGGUGCUCCUGGAAAUAAUUUCUGGUCAUAAUUUGUGCAAAAUAUAGCAUAUCAUAGAUUGAAUAAUCUCUUAAUCUGCCUUGAUAGCUGUUUGUUCUUUGCUAUGACAAAAGUUGUCAAAUUGAGAAUUGGAAACAUCUUAAGGAGGACCAGUGUUGAAAUAAUAUAUAUUGUCUGAGGCUUGAUAUUCAUGGUCAGACUUUUCAAUACUAAAAAUUGUAUAAAUCAAUUUUCCAGAUGCCUCCUUUUCUUAUCACAGCCACAAGGACUGUGUAAACUGCCUACAAUUCUUCUUUUUAAUUAUUUAUGUUAUAGAAAAUUAUGUUGUUUGGCUUCUCUCAGAAAUAUUAUUGAGUCUGGCGUCUCUGCCAAAUAAAUAGUCUAUCUUUUGUAACUUGCUGGUGCUGGUAGCAGCCCAUCAAUAGUGUACCGGUUUCUUUGAAAUUUCUGUAAAAAUAUGCAAGUUACAGAAUUUCAGUAUUAUUUUUUAAUUAUUCUAAAUGACUAUAGUCUUACUUAAUGGAUUUUUGGGGCAGGUAUAUCCAGUCUACUGAUUAAAGUUUGGAGCACCCUUUUAGUAUGAUACUAUUGCUGCUAUAAAAAAAAAACAAAUAUGGGCCAAAAAUAAAUGAUGGACAGAGGAACAAAAGGUUCCUCUCAUGAAUAUGCAGGAUUGAUUUCAGAGAUUAUGCAAAAUCAAGCAAAUUUAUGUGUCCUUCCCAUUAAAAAAGAUAGACUCCCAUUUAAUUUUUUUAUUUCAAAUAAAGCAUUUUAUGUAGUAAAGUUGCAAGAUUCUAUCCUUGUUUUCUGAUAUAUAAUUUGUAUUUCAAUUAUUACAAAGAGUCUAUUUUAUAGGAAAGAAUAUCUAUAGCUCAGGAUAGGGCAGUGGAGUUCUUGACGUUCUCUGAGCUUGGUUCAUUUGCAGAUGUUUCCUUACCCAACUAAAUAACAUCAUCAGUAUGAUUCAUCCAUAAGCAAUCAAACUCAGAGAAUACCAAGGACUCCAUAUUUGUUUCAUGUACAACCUUAAUCAAAAUCAAAUUAUUAGUUUAAUUCCUGGGGUUCUCAUACACAUUCAUUAUCAUUUUAGGAUGAUAUCUCAAAAUUUAAGAAUGCUUGUGGUACGGCAUUCUGUGCCUUAAAUUCAAGAGCUUUCAAAACAAAUAUAUAGCUGCCUGUUCAUGUGCAUGGUGUACAGAUGCACAUAGAGAGACAUGCCCUAGAGCUUUAAAGAGAAGCUCUGGACCUUAUGAGGAACAAAACCAUCAUCUCUAUCAUAUUAAUUUGAUGCAGGGACUCUUCUUUUCAGGAUUCCUCAUGAACUAAUGCCUUAUAAUGUAGCUGUGUGCAUUUUUAAUUCUGGUGCAUAAAUUUUGAAAACAGAUGCAUUAACAAAUAUGUAAAGGUUCAUACUUUGGUGAAGUCCAAAGCAUUAUUUCCAAAUAAUUUUACUAUCCUAACACAUUUCUGUUUCAGUAUCAAAUCUGAGUUUUGCUCACAGUAAUGAAGCACAGUUUCCUUGAACUACUGCUGCUAGCAACCCUUAACUGAAAAGUAUAUUGCACAGGGUACAUGUUUCGGUUUUUACUUUUUUCAUUUUAAAGUUAUUAUACUCCUCUAUGUUACUGUAAGAAACAUAUUAAAAAAGUGAUGCACAGUAGAACUGCAGACUUAAACUGUAUUCAUCCUCAACCUUAGUAAUACCAAGAUUCUUUAGGAAAGAUAUUCCUGUGAUAUUUUCAAAGUAUAUUAUAAUCUUCACACAAGCUUAUUUACUUCACAAUUUCAGGAUUUAUUAGCUGAGUUGAAAUUGCUAACUUGAAUGUCUGUGGAUUUUAUAUAUAACACACCAAUAAGAUGUUUGACGUUUGUUUCUUUGUUUUGGCCACCAUAAAUAUUAAAAUCUCAUGCCCAAUCAUUUUCGUCCACCGCAGGCAUAAUUGAUUGGUACAAUAUUCUUCUUGUGAUUAUUGAAUGCGGACAUAAAUUUACAGCUCUGUCAAUCAUUGAUUGAUAGCAAUAACCCUAACCCCUGUGGCAUGGAAAAAUGUGAGACACAGCUGAAAUAAGUAGAUGUAAUCAAUUAGUGUGCAAAACCCACUGAAAGCAAGAAACAUUUGUGAGAGUGGUGAAUGGUGAGUGAAAAAAGAACAAGUGCCAAACAUUAUUUCAUUGUGAAAAUAAAUUACACAGUUCUUUAGAUAAGUUUUUAAUGCUUGUUGAAGCCUUUUUUCAAAAUUUACAAUGCAUUUGGUCAUUGUUUUUGGUGGGUAUGAAAUCCUAUUGAAACAUAAGUGCAGCACAUUUUCCCUAAAUCAUACAUUGAUUAAAAACUCACGUGCUUGGUUAUGAUUAACAGUUUUCAUUGUUGGUUUCAUGGCAAAAAAAAAAAAAUGAUUUUUGACCAGGACAAGCUGUGGUCCAGAGUAAGUUUCCUGUAUGAAUGGAGACCCUGUAUUUCACUUAGAAGAAAGGACUGAUUGAGCAUUACUGGUUUCAUAGAAGAAAGAAAGUCAUACUCAGUUCUGGGACAAUAACAAUGUUAAUUAAAGUAUAUUAUCUCUGUAGAAAAAUGUACAAGCAAUAUUUUAGCACUAUAGAUUAGACAGUUCCUAAAAGAUCAAGUCCCCACUAAAGAUACUUGAUAGCAACAUAUGAUUUGAUUCAUCAUAUUUGGCUACUGCUGAAAAACAUCACUGCUUCAGACCACCACCUUGGAUAGCCAUCCUUGGUCGAUGGUGAUUAAGCCUCUCUAUGAAUAUGGUUUAAAUGUUCUCUGAUUAAAGAUUCCUAAAUACUGCUAUGUCAUAUUGUGAUGUGCAACUAAAGUGCUCACUGUAUUUGAAGAAAUAAAAUCACAAUAAAAAUAAUGUUGCUAUAACUGAUUUGUAAAAUAUA